AUGCAGAAUACAGUAGCUUUUGUCCACUGCUGCUCCUAUAGCAGUCCACAUAACCAUCUUCUGCCGGCAAAGGAUAAGUACUACCUCCUGACUGAGAAAGAAUCUGAGAAGCAUUGUCGGGUAGAUAUUGUCAUCCAUCACAUCCGAGCGUAUCCAGGUGCAAGAUCUGCAAACUCAUUCUUAAUACCAGAAAGAAUAUUAGAAGCUCAGAAUAAUACUGAGUUGAAAGAAUACAAGCUCCCUGGUGUUGAAUCAGUUGAAACUGAGGAAAGUGCUUCAUCUUCUUUUGCUGCACCUUCAAAACCUGAGACAAAGAUAAAAUUUGACUUAAAUGAAGGUUUGAUAGCAGAUGAUGGAAAAUAUGGGGAGCCNGUGUUGAAAGAAUCCAAGCUCCCUAGUGUUGAAUCAGAUGAAACUGAGGAAAGUGCUUAUUCUUCUUCUUCUUCUUCUUCUUUUGCUGCACCUUCAAAACCUGAGACAAAGAUAAAAUUUGACUUAAAUGAAGGUUUGAUAGCAGAUGAUGGAAAAUAUGGGGAGCCAGUCAACUGCAUAGCUCCAGAUUCGACCAAUGUUCAUUUGAUUAACUCAUUACUUUCUGCUACUAAUGGCAAAAUUAACAUCAUCGAGAUCAAGACGAACACGACUUCUUCAAGGAGUGGGACUCGUUUUCAAAUGAUGAAGAUCAUGGGUGCACAGAUGAGGAGAAGUCGCUGA